ACCACACCCAUUACACCUCAGACACACGACCCCUCUGAAAGGUUGUGGUUAGACUCUGCUGGCCCCAGUUUAACUGUUGAUGCAACACUGAUCUUCAGAAACAUCCAGUGGAAUCAUGAAGUCCCAUCAGAUCUCUGCCUUCUUCCUCCUGAUGACAGUGCUGCUGUCCUCCACUCUGGCUCAAGAUGCCAAUGGACCAGAGGAGUGUUGUUUUAAAUACUUUCGUGGAAAACUGAGGAUAGACCUGUUAACUGGAUAUGAAGAGACCAGAAGGGACUGCAGUCGACCUGGAAUUAUACUUUAUACCACAAAUGGCAAAGAACUAUGUGCCGAUCCCAGCUCUCAUUGGGUUCAGCAGGUCAAGAAGGAGCUGGAUCAGCGCCUCAAUCAGUAACGCCUCCUGUCUGCCUGGCAAAACAUGAAGAACAAUUUUCUUUAUUUCAUCUUAGAUUCUGAUUUAAUUCUCCAUUAACAUUAUUUCCUGACGCCUUCCAAAUCGUUUAAACUUUUAUUGCAUUUUAUAUUUUAAUAUUGCUAGUUUUUAAUUUUUUUACUGUUUGUUUUUUUUUAAUUUAUUUU